AUGGCCCCUUUUCGCGUCAUCAUUGUGGGUGGAGGUAUCGCUGGGUUCACUGCGGCCGUUGCGCUCCGGAGAACUGGCCGAGAAAUCAUUAUCCUGGAGCAGUCCAGUCUCAACAAAGAGAUUGGAGCAUUAAUCUCUCUCCAGCCAAAUGCAACUAGAAUUGCCGGAUUGCAAUGGGGACUGGAAAAGAAUUUGCUGGAAGCCAGGCAGAUGGUAGAUGAAGGGUUCCGCAUCUACAACACCGACGGAGAUGUUGUCAGAACCAUUCCACUCAACACGAAGGAUAAGUAUGGAGCUGAAAGACUAUUGUUUCAUCGGAGGGAUCUUCAUGAAUCGUUGAAGCAAGCAGCGACUUCGUCUGAAAGGGCAGGUGAUCCGGCCGUCGUGCGUGUAUCUUGUCGGGUGAUCGGAUGUGAUGCAGUCCGCGGCACAGUGACAUUAGAGGGCGGAGAGGUGGUCAAGGGCGACCUCAUUAUUGGCGCAGAUGGGAUUGUACUUCGGAAACAUGUCGUCGAGGAGAACCCGAGUCCUAUACCCACUGGUCACUCUGCCUAUCGUCUUAUGGUGCCAACUGAGAUUCUUGAACGAGAGGAGCCAGACUUCUGUGCUAGAAUCAAUCCUCGGGAUCCAUUCACAUCUAUGAUUGUUGCUCACAAUUGCCGUCUCAUAAUGGGUCCUGGGAGACAGGGUGAAGUAUAUGGCAUUGUUGCUUUGGUUCCAGACGAGCAAAUGACCGAGGAUCCUGCUCUCAAACAGUCGUGGGUGUCUGAGGGAAGUAUCGACAAGUUACUUGACACAUUCCGUGAAUUUCCAUCCUGGGUCAGAAACAUUUUCAGGUAUGAAUUCGGCCUGGGAAACGAUGCGCAUUGCUCAGUAAUUGUUAAUAGACAUUCACCCGAUCUCGGAUUGUGGCAGCUCAGAGAUAUGGACCCGUUGGCAACCUGGCACCGCGGUCGGGUUGUGCUCAUCGGCGAUGCUGCACACGCGAUGCUACCCACUCAGGGUCAAGGGGCCAGCCAGGCGAUUGAAGAUUCUGAAGCAUUAGGCUCGUUCUUGGAGGACGUAGACGAAUCGCCAGCGUUCGAAGACCUUUCCAAUAUCCUCGAGGUGAGUCCUGUAAAAAAAGGUCAAUUCUGGCACAGGAAGGGUUUGACAAUGCACAGAAUAUCCUCCAGUCGCGUUACUCACGAGUGA